ACAGAAGAGAUCUUGGAUCGGCUAUGUGUCACCGAGCUCCUGAAGGGAUGGCCGGUAUACCGAGAUGCUUCUGAAUGGGCUCACUACCGAAACUGUUUUGCCGAACAGGCUUACAUCUUUACCAGUAAGUUCUCAUCCAUAUCCUUUGUCUCACUCAUUUAUAUCUCUUACCCCUCUCCUCGAAAACACCUCACUAACAUGGUUUACUCAAUCUACAGCAUGGAGCGGCGGCAUGCCUAUCGACGAAUUCAUCGAAGUCUCCAAGAAGGGCCGUCGAAACGGCGACCACAUCAUGCACCGCGAAAACGGCACUCUCGUGGAGCUGAACUCCAAGACAGGCCGUGCCGUCGGAAAAAUGAAGGCCACCAUCACACAGCGCUUCUCAUUUGAUGGCAUUGAGUUUGAUGUUGAAUGUGACUGCCGCUUUAUCAUGUGGUGCCAGAAGGAUCCGGCCGGGUGGAAGGUCCACUACAAGCGCUUGUUCUAUGAGAAGGAUAAGAUCAUGCCCGUGGAUGGCAAGCAUGUGCCUGAUUUCUCGGAGGAGGAGCUCAAGCCGUAUCCGUAUGGAUAUAGGUAUCUGGGUGCGUCUCAGGCAAGGCUGGGACAUAAGAUCAAGUUGGAUUUGCCGACGAUGGAGGAUAAUGAUAAGUUCCGGGGCAUGUAUGAGGCUAUGGAGAAAUGGUUGAGGGGGGAGGAUGUUAAGGAGACUUUGGGGAUUCCUGUGUAAA